UAAAUAUAAUCAUUCUUCAUUCGUCGCUACAGUGAAAUUAUCACUUCAAUUUGAAAAAAAUGUCCGAUCAAAAUAAAGAUCUAUCCUAUCAUAUUGGUGCUUAUUAUGCACAUCUAUUUCCAUAUAGUCUAUUUUAUCAAUGGUUAUCAUAUGCCAAUGUCGAAAAAGAUUAUUUUUCACGAAGAGAAUUCUCAUUCACCCUGAAUGGCGACAUUUAUCUUCGAUUUAAUUCAUUCGAAUCAUUAGCUGAAAUGCGUAAAUGUAUACUGGCUCGAAUGCCUACUAAAAUCGAUAUUGGUGCCGUUUAUAGUUCACGACCUUGUGAAUCUCGUAAAAUUAAAUUGAUGUCAUUUCAACCACAAUCUAAAGAAUUAGUAUUCGAUAUCGAUAUGACCGAUUAUGAUGAUAUUCGUACAUGUUGUAAAGGUGCUGAAAUUUGUCAAAAAUGUUGGAUGUUUAUGGUGAUAGCUGCUCGCAUACUUGAAGCAUAUCUACGUGAAGAUUUGGGUUUCAAAAAUAUUCUAUGGGUUUAUUCCGGUCGUCGUGGUAUUCAUUGUUGGGUGGCAGAUGAACGUGCUCGACGUUUAGGAUCGGAUGGUCGUGAUGCAAUUGCAUGUUUUAUUAAUAUUUUUGAUGGUGGUCAAUUCAAAGCAAAAAAAGUAGAAAUCGAUGGAUUAAAAGGCUGCCAUCCAUCAUUGGCACGUUCGAUUCAUAUUAUUGAUAAAUAUUUUGAAGAACUAAUGAUAAAUAGACAAGAUUUUCUUGCCACUAAAGAACAGAUAAAGAUGGUUGCAGAUCUUUGUCUUGAUAAGCCAUUGCGUGAAGAAAUUCUACAAACAUUAUUGAAUCCAAAUGAAACAAAAUGUAAAACAUCUUUACAUCGAUGGAAAAUGAUUUGUUCUCUAGCAUCAAAAUUCUAUUCAUCUAAAGGUGCAAAUCAUUUGCUUAGUAAUAAUCGAAUUCGACAUAGAUAUUUUCUUGAAGAAAUCAAAUUUCAGUUUUGUUAUCCACGUUUAGAUAUAAAUGUUACACGUGGUCUUAAUCAUUUACUUAAGGUACCAUUUUCAAUACAUCCGAAAACCGGUCGUAUAUGUGUGCCAAUAGAUUUUGAAAAAUUGGAUCAAUUUGAUCCAUUUGCAGUGCCAACACUUUCAACAUUGAUCGAAGAAAUGGAUAAAAUUUCAAUAACACAAGAUACAGAAAAAACAACAGAUGAUUGUACCAUUACAACUAGCAUAGCAUAUCGAACAUCAUUGGCGCCAUCAUUAAAUUUGUUUCGAAAAUUCAUACAAAAUAUCGAACAUGGUUUGCGUCCAACAAAAUUAUCUGAACAAGAUGAUCGAUCAAAGAUUGAUUUUAAUAAUAAAUUUAAUUUUAAUGAUGAUGAUUGAAUUCAAUUACUUU